GGGCCUGCACUGCCAAAUCUUUAUGUGGGUCAUAUGGUGUUUUACGGUAGCCUAGAAGAAGUACUGGCAUCGCGGUUACUUAGCUUAUUCAACCCGGGGCUCACAUCUGGAUACAUUCCCGAAGGAUCCUUCCACCGUGCACUAUUUUGCAGCAGACCAAGUGCUGUCUCACCGUUGCAGUCAUGCCGAUGUUCGUGGUGAACACAAAUGUUGCAAAGGACGCGGUUCCUGCUGAGCUGCUCUCGGAGGCCACGCAGGAGCUCGCCAAAGUAAUGGGCAAACCCGCGCAGUACAUCGCCAUUCACAUCAUCCCGGAUCAGAUGAUGAUGUUCGGGGGCAAAGGAGAUCCGUGCGCGCUCUGCUCUCUCACCAGCAUCGGAAAGAUCGGGGGCACGCAAAAUAAGCAAUACUCCAAACUUCUUAUGGGCUUGCUAAACAAACACCUUGGCAUUUCACCUGACAGGAUUUAUAUAAACUUUGUUGAUAUGGAUGCAGCUAAUGUGGCUUGGAACAGCACUACCUUUGGAUAAAGAAUAUAGAUUUAUGAUCCAAUAUAAGGUGGCGGUUUCUAUUCCAGCUCUACUUGGAGAAAAGCUGUUGGGAGCAUAAUGCUAUCAGUCAAUUAAAUCUUAACACACAGCACUUACUGCUUACAGCAGACAACAUCUCCCUUUGACAAUAAAGCUUUCUUUAAACUGCA